AAAGAGCAUGGAAAGAGUCAUGGCCAAGAAAAGAGAGAGGAGGGGAGCGGAAGCCGGGAAGACUGAGCGGAGGAGCGACUGGUAGCUAAUUUGGGCGCGUGAAGCUCUCCCGGCCUCUCACCGUCGUCCACCCCCCAUACGUGGUGCAGCUAGCAUGUGUAUAUGUAUCUAUAUAUAUAUAUAAAGCCCACCUCCUUCAUCCUCACAACGCAAUACAAUCUCUUCUCUCCUCCUGCCAGCUUACAAGCCAACCAACGCAGCGCAAUGGCGGCGGUGCAGCAGUACACGGUGGCGCUCUUCCUCGCCGUCGCCGUCGCCCUCGUGGCGGGGCCGGCCGUCUCCUACGCCGCCUACGCCCCCGGCGCCCCGGCCACCCCCGCCGCCCCAGGGACCCAGCCCAAGGCGACGACUCCGGAGCAGAAGCUGAUGGAGGAUAUCAACAACGGCUUCAAGGCGGCCGUGGCGGCCGCAGCCGCCGUCCCUCCGGCCGACAAGUACAAGACGUUCGAGGCCACCUUCAGCGCGGCCUCUAACAAGGCUUUCGCAGAUGUCCUCAAGGCCGCCGCCUCCGGCCAGAUGCCCGCCCAGUCAGCCUCCAUGGCAUCACUCUCCAAGAGCCUCGAAGCCUCCUACAAGCUCGCCUACGACAAAGCCCAGGGCGCCACCCCCGAGACCAAGUACGACACCUACGUCGCCAGUCUCACCGAGUCGCUCCGCGUCAUCUCCGGCGCCUUCGAGGUCCACUCCGUCAAGCCCGCCGCCGAGGAGGUCAAGGGGAUCCCCGCCCCCCAGCUCAAGACCAUCGACCAGAUCGACGCCGCCUACAGGACCGCCGCCACCGCCGCCGACGCUGCCCCGGUCAACGACAAGUUCACCGUCUUCGAGUCCGCCUUCAACAAGGCCAUCAAGGAGACCACGGGCGGCGCAUACGACAACUACAAGUUCGUCCCCGCCCUUGAGUCCGCCGUCAAGCAGGCCUACGCCGCCACCGUCGCCUCCGCGCCCGAGGUAAAGUACGCCGUCUUUCAGGCCGCCCUGAGCAAGGCCAUCAAUGCCAUGGUUGAAGCCGAGAAGGAUACCGGCGCCGCCACUGCCGGUGGCUACAAAGCCUGAGCUCGCCAACAACACACAUCCAUCACGCACACAUACUAUGCUGUGUAUGUAUGUAGUACGUACGUGUGUGGCCUUGGCGGCCAGGGAUUUUCCUGAUGCUUCCUUCUUGGUUUUCGUUUCAUGCAUGCAGCCGCGAUCGACCGUGUGUGCAUGUGCCUGUAAUAAUAACAAAAUCUUUGUAAUCUUUUUCUAUGAAUUUGUAAUCCCCAUGACAAGCGGGAUCAAAUCGGCAUAUUGUAUA